AUGAAUUCAUCAAACAACAACAAUAGCGGCUCCAGCAGCAACAAUAACAACAACGGAAAUAGCUCUGAUAACAACAAGAAAGAAGAAUUUCGAAGGUACUUGGAAAAGACGGGAGUUAUGGAUGCUCUCAUUAAAGUUUUGGUGGGGCUCUAUGAAGAGCCAGAACGGCCGCAAAAUGCAGUCGACUAUGUUCGGAGAUACCUUGGGGCGCCACAGAAUGUUGACGUGGAGGGUUUGAAACGGGACAAUGAGCAACUGCGACAAGAACUAGACAAACUACGAAAAGGUGGAUCGAAUAAGAAGGGUACUUUAUAG